CAUGUCUUCUCACUCCUCGUCCUCCUCAUCGCCGCCCCCCCAAUUCCACAACGCGGCCAGCCACGCCGCCGCCGACCCCUUCGUGCUGUACGACGCCCGCAGCGCGCGGUACUAUGCGUACUCGACCGAGGGCGCCGACGAGGGCUUCAACUUUGGCAUCUACAGCAGCCCGGACCUGGCAACCUGGCACAGGCACCCGGGCGGCGCGCUCAGGGCCUGCCGCGAUGGCGAUGCGAAGCCCCUCGCGGACGGCCAGGCGUGCUGGGCGCGCGACUGGCUCUGGGCGCCCGAGACGUACUACAACGAAAAGACGGGCUGGUACUUCUUCGUCUUCGCGGGCCGCCUGCGCGAGGACCUGGCCAAGGACCACUUCCGCUACUCGGCCUUCGAGGAGCCGUCCAAGCUCGGGGUCGCCGUCUCGCGCUCGCCCGCGGGGCCGUUCCGCGAGAUCGAGCCCCGGCCCAUCGACUGGUACCCCUUCGACCCGGACUACCACGACGUGAACCUCAUCAUGGACGACAAGCAGAUGCUGCCGCCGCGGGACCUGAGCGACGGGCAAAAGGCCCCGCGCGGGACCUACAUCCCGACCAUUGACCCCAACAUCCUGUUCGACGACGACGACGGCCGCGUCUACCUGUACGCGUCGCGCAACGCCUACCGCAACUGGAACUGGGACGCCGAGCUGGGCAAGUACGUCGAGGAGUCCAACAUCAUCGUCGUCGAGCUGGCGCGCGACUGGUGGGACGACCCCACGGCGUCGACGAUGCCCGCCAUCGUCGCCUCGCAGAUCGACGCCCACGCCAAAGACGCUCCCCCUCUGCCGGACGACAUUGGCUCUUCUUCUUACAACGGCACCGGCGAGAUCGGCAACCCCCCGCGCAAGGAUGGUUGGAAGACGGUCAUCUCGUACGGCGCGGACCCGCAGGCGUGGGAAAACUUCCACGUCAACGACUACGACAAGUACAACGGCACCAAGAAGGACAGGCGCUGGGCCGAGGGCAGCACCGUCAUCAGGCGGCCCGACGCGCACACGGGCAAGCCGGUCUACCUGCUGACCUACAGCGCCAACAACUUCGAGGCGUCCAACUACGGCGUGGGCUUCGCGACGGCCGAGUCCCCGCUGGGGCCGUUUCGCAAGUCGGCCAAGAACCCGGUCCUGUCGCAGGAGCCCGACGGCGCCAUCCCGAUCUACUCGACGGGGCACGGGAGCAUCGUCGCGUCGCCAUCAUCAUCACCUCCUUCGUCUCACGGCCACGAGGAGGGCGGCGGCGACCCACAGGAGGUGACGCUCCGGACGCCCGAGGGCGCCGAGCUCUUCUACGUGCACCACGCGCGCAACAGCACGACCCAAGGCCGCUCGCUGUACACGACGCGCAUGACGCUCGACGAGUCGGCCGUGCGCUUCGGGUCCGACGACGCCAUCGCCAUGUCCCUGACGCCGCUGGACCAGCCCCUGCCACGGGACACGUAUCCCAUCCAGAUGGAGGCCAGCUGCGGCAGCAGCUCCCAGCAACACGUCGACGGUGACGAGGGCAACAAAAAGUCGCGGCGGUACAACGUCCGCGUCGUGUCCAAGCACGGCGCCAGCUUCGACCUCCGCGAGGCCUCCAACCGCGUCGUCGCCGCGUGCGGCAGCAACCGGGAGGCGACGUCCAUCGUGGACGGCCAGCGGGAGGGCGAAUUCGUGCUCACCUUUGGCGAGGGGGCCGCGCGCUCGGGGCUGGUGUACCAGCGCCGAAACGUCGACGGCAGCUGGUCCACGGUGGCUAGAGCGAGCGUCCGCUGCAGGGACUGAACGGAAUUGGUGGCGGGGUUCCCCACGGACGAUGGAAGUGCUCUCGGAUGCGUGAAGGGCUUGCAGCAUGAGCAAGUGUUGUCAAUGAAUGACAGUGCAUAUAAAUACGCUGUGUUUGUCUGUCAAUGCCUGGUGGUGGCGAUAGGUUAGAGGGAAAAGGGGCAACAAAACAUAAAACGUAGUCGUUUCGCCGGCAGAACUCUCACUGUGUUCCCCCGACACAUCAUACACCAUGC